ACGGGAUGUCUUCUUCAAUCUGUGACAUGGCAAGCGACAGCAAAUGACGAUAAUAACAAAUCUCUCACAGAAAUAGCAAUCAUGUCGGUCGCUGAGUUAUAUAAGGGGAGUAAGAGACAGAACCAGUCGGAGUUUUAUUCCCCCAUCGUUUUUUUCAAGUAUUGAAACUCAAAACGCCACUAAGAUCUUAAAACUCACCUUGUUCUUCACCGAAGUUCACCGAGCCCUGUGGAGUCUCGAAAUCUCAAUCUUCACGACAAUCUUCAUUGAGAGACUCACUAUAAGUGAUCAUCUCACCAUUAUUCUGCAUCUUUCACGCAAGCACCUCAAUUGAUUCAUUAUCUCACUUCAUUUCUACUAAUCUUUUUCUGCAUCUUGACUUGCAUUUCACAUUCAGAGAUUAACUCCACAAUGUCUUCAUCACAGGAUUCUUCAGACUGGACAAGAGUCGUGCGCAAGGGCCGCAAGAACAGACGAAACAACACCGUAUCUCACUCCUCCAGACACGUCAAGCCCCAGACAGAAGGUUUGAGAACGCCCGAGGACCUGGAGAAGGAUUACAAGCAGCAUCGCAAGCGAUGGGAGGACGAAGCCUACUCCUGUCCCCGUCUCCGUGAACUCGUCAAAGCGAAAGCGUCGCAUUUGACAGAGAUUGACAAAGCUGUUCAUCUCGGUGUCGGGACAUUUGAUCCGAACGACGGUCUUAAUCUUGAUGGCAAGAGAUCCACGUUUGCGCAACUUGCGGCUUUUGAGAUCAUGGUUGAAGAACUGGAGAAAAUCACGGGUGGCAAGAUUGAGACGUUCUUCCAGGAUCCAGCUUUCAGCGCCUCCGACGAGAAGUUUCUUGAGAAUAUCGGCCAUACUGUUCUUGAGGAUCCGAAUGGUACGCAGAUGGUUGAUGCGAAGACCCUCUUCUUUGGCGUUCAUCUCUACAGACCUGUGUACAACGAUGCGCUAGAGGGUGAACUCCCCGCGCUUUUUGUCGGAACUAGCUAUGAGGAUUGGGGAGACAUCUUUGCAGACGAGCACAUCGAGAACGUGGAGAGAAUGCACAAGUCGUAUGAACGCUGUGCCUUUCCCCAGGAGAGAUUGGGCUGUGCGUUCUCGACGACGAGUAUCUACUGGAAACCCAAGAGUGAGGAGGAUGGUGAUGUCAAGGGCAAAGGGAAGGGGAUUGUGAUUGAAGAGGUUGAGAUUGAGGAUGGGGAUGAGAAGAAGGGGAGUGAUGGGGAGGAGGAUUUGGUGAAGAAGCUUGAGGCUACUACUAUUAAUUAAUUGUUGUUGGUAAUUGCUAAUUGACGAGUGUUUAUUUAUGUCUGGCGAUGGU